CCUGGGCCCAAGUACGGGCACGUGCCCGACUGCCCGGAGUGCCCGCCCUGCCAGAGCGUGGUCUCCAUCGACGACGAUUUCCUGGCUCGGAUCCCCUGGGACUGGGUGGACCGGCUCAUCUUCUUGCUGGCCGGGCUUGGGCUCGGCAAGGUGCGCCUGGGCUGUACGUGCAGCAGGCGUGCGUCGCGGCGGUCGGUCCCGCUGCACGAUCACUACGACAACGAGGACUUUCUGCACUCCAGGAUUGGCCCCGGGCUGGACAUUGUGGAGCCCCAGAUCGCGGUGUACUUCCCCGAGGAUGCGAACGUGAAUUGGCACACCAGGAUCCUGCUCGAGAAGUUGAACGAUCAGGGGCGAUGGGUCGUGGCCACACCCGACGGCGACAUCCAGGUCAUCGACUUGGCUCAGUAUCGAGUCUUGCCGAUCCCUCGGAAUGCUCCAGCGCCAGCGCGCCUCCGCAACAAUCACUACCACUCCGGGGACGUGAACGAGGAGACGCUGGCGGGCUGGCAUCGGGCGGCCCGGCAGUUGGCCGUGGUGCUCGGAGGUGUGGCUGCGGUGGCUGCGGGGAACGUGGAGGCCAAGUGGUACUACUCCGACACGGCGGACGACGAGUUCGGAGAGGCCGUGGAGGACGCGGUGCUGGCGAACCCGGCUGGCUUCAUCAACCGGGAUGCGAAGGGGAUGGUGGAGGUCCGCGACGCUGGGGGGGACCACCACUGGCGCUUCGUGGAGCGGGUGUCCCGCACGGACUACACGGACUGGCUCAACGAGAAGCGGAAUGGCCCCGGCCGGGAUCCCCGCAUCCCCCCACUCGAGCGGGACGCGGCCGGCCGACGGCACCUCCUGCUUCGGGACGCCAUGGCGGUCAUGACCCCGUUCAAGCCGAAGCCGCCCGACGACUGGCCGUUCCGAGG